GGCGGGGAAAGAGGAGGAGGCCACGUUGACACGUUUGUUGUUUCAGUAACAAAAAAAGCCGGUUGAGUUUUUAUUAGCGGUCUGAGGACGUGGCCGGUUUUACGCCUAACGUUUUAUUUAGGCGUUGGUGUUGAUCUUUUGUUGCAAAGAGACCGCAAUGAGUGUGGGGUUUAUCGGAGCGGGCCAGCUCGCCCACGCCUUAGUCAAAGGCUUUACCGCAGCCGGUGUAAUUGCGACGCAUAAGAUCAUGGCCAGUUCGCCGGACACUGAGCUCCCCACGGUGUCCGGCCUCAGGAAAAUGGGGGUGAACUUCACCACCAGCAACAAGGAGACGGCCAACCGGAGUGACGUGCUCUUCCUGGCCGUCAAGCCGCACAUCAUCCCCUUUGUGCUGGACGAGAUCGGGCCUGACAUCCAGGACCGGCAUCUCAUUGUGUCCUGUGCGGCCGGUGUCACAAUCAGCUCCAUCGAGAAGAAGCUUGUCCAGUACCGGCCGGCUCCCCGCGUGAUGCGCUGCAUGACCAACACGCCGGUGGUGGUGCGGGAGGGGGCCACGGUGUACGCGGUGGGCACGCACGCCGAGGCGGAGGACGGCAGACUGCUGGAGCAGCUCAUGGCCAGUGUGGGCUUCUGCACGGAGGUGGAGGAGGACCUCAUCGACGCCGUCACCGGCCUGAGCGGCAGCGGCCCUGCCUACGCGUUUACGGCCUUGGAUGCCCUCGCGGACGGUGGGGUGAAGAUGGGGCUGCCCAGAAGGUUAGCCGUCCGGCUGGGAGCUCAAGCCUUACUGGGCGCGGCCAAGAUGCUGCUGGACUCGGAGCAACAUCCCGGCCAACUGAAGGAUAAUGUCUGCUCACCAGGGGGCGCCACCAUUCACGCCCUGCACUUCCUGGAGAGCGGGGGAUUCCGCAGCCUGCUCAUCAACGCUGUGGAGGCCUCUUGCAUUCGAACUAGGGAGCUGCAGUCCCUGGCCGACCAGGAGAGCAUCUCUCCGGCUGCCAUCAAGAAGACGACGCUGGACAAGGUUCUGCAGCAGCCGGGUGUGGCGGCAGCAGGGGGGCCCAAGGCGGCCGUCAGCCUCUUCAACAAGAGCAACCCGGGCAGGAAGAGAAACUGAGGCCCCGCCCCUGAGUGGGCAUGGCCUGGGCCACACCGUGGCCAGGAUCCUGGGCAUAUAGGUACAGUCAGACAAACACGCAUACAUGCACUAACAAAGCCUUCUGGCCCGCUAAGGAGUGAGGGGGGGGUAUGACCUCCAUCUGAACUCUGCAGGCUGAGGGUAUUUAGCUCUGGAUAAGUCAGUUUUUACAUUUACAUUCAGGCCUGGUCAUGCGCCCCCCCCCCCAUCUUUGUAAUCUGCAGUAUUAUGUUCCGCGCCCUGCAGCCGGUUUUCGUCGGCGCUGUACCAUUUCAGCCUCGUCCAUGGGGUCUGUAGUGACCCAGUUCGCCGGCGGCACAUCAGCCACUUCAAAGCCAAACUCCAGGAAGGGUUUUGAUGGCCCGUGAGCCUCUCCUUCCUUUCCCACCCCCGGGAGAUUUCUAGCACAUUCCAUGGCAAACUUCUUCUCUCCACCUGGCGCUCGACCCCUUCCUCACGUCCCUUUCAACUCCCUCAUCCCCGUCCGGUGCCCUGGCCUUUUCCGCACGCCGUGUGUGGUGUCGAGAGGCCGUCUUAAAUGCGAACACGUGCUCCAGUCGAGGGCUGUCGUUCAUUCCGUUCUGUCGUCUAUUGUCCUCCUUGGGUAUUAAGCCUAAAGCAGAUUCUAAGCCGUCUAUCUUACCCUGUUGCAUUAGCAGUGCGUUUUCAUCUCCCGAAACGCCUGGCUUUGUGCCCCAUCGCAAUGCCAGACGUCGCGUCUUUUGUUUGAGAGACGCCUUAACAGGUUUCGCAGGUUAGGAACGGGAACGCCUUCUCAGUCGGCCUGCUCUCCCAGGUUACAGCCCUCACUCGCUGUCAAAGGUUAAGAAAAAUAUGUAUUUGAACGCCCUGUAAUUCGUUUCUUGGACAGGAUAAUGUAGAAAUAUCAGUCCAAGUGUAGUUACACUAAUUUGUACUGAGAUGUCGGAACCUGUCUUUUUCUUAUUGAAUUUAUAAAUUGAUUUUUGCAAACAAUGUGUUUCAUACAGUAUUAAAGGUGCUUCUCGUCCA